UUUUAGUAUGUAACGUCAUUUCCGGAAACAAAACCAACGUGGUUUUAUUUACACUUACAGCACACACUGGACGGCAAUUAUUUCAUUAAACAAACGGGCUGCGAUGACAAAAAGAAAGUCUACAACAGAAUUCGAUGAUAAUGCUGUUGAAGAACCAAAGAAAAAGAAGAAAAGCAAAAAAGAAAAGAGAAAAACCAAUGAUGGCGAAGAAGUUACAGAAGAAAUUGAAAGUAGAGAAGAUGCAAUAACACAAUCUACUACUACAGAGGAUGCGGAACAUGGUCGUGAGCCGCAAGACAGAUUUCCCAAUUCCAUACCCGUAAAGAAGACAAAGAAAAAUAGAAAUCGCAAAAAGGAUGAUGGGGCAGUUAAAAAAGUGAUCAACCAAGAAGAACCUAAUCCAGAUCCAAGGAUUAAAGUUGCAUUAAAAUAUCUUAAGACUUGGUACAAACACCGAGACCAGUGGAAAUUUCAAAAAGUUCGGCAAUUGUGCUUAUUACAACACAUGUAUGAUCAUACUAAAAUAUCAGACAGAAAAUUCAAAAGACUCUUAGAAUAUUUGAGUGGUCUGGUAGGUUGUGCCAGAGAACAAACUAUUAAAGAAGCUGGGCAAAUAUUAGUAGAUAAUGAUAUAGGUAGUGACAAUGAGGAAGAUGAUGAAAAUUCUGAAGAAAAUGAAAAACUGAAAACUGUUAAAAUUAAAAUUGAAAGAGCUACAAAAAUUUUACAACAGUUAUCGUAAUACAAGUUAAAACAGCACAGAAAUUAAUGACUUAUAAUGUAGCUUUGACUCACAAUUUUUACUGUGUAUUAAUAAUUAUAUAAUAAACUUAUUAUAUCACA